GGGCGGGGCUCGGGUCACGUGGCUGGCGGCGCCAGUCCCCCCCCGCUGCCCCGGAAGUGCCUGGUCCGGCGACGGCGGCGGGGGGAGCGAGGAGCGGAGCCGCGGGGACCGCGCCCAUGUCGGGCUUCGUCACCAACCCGUUCGCCGACCCGGUGGACAUCAAUCCCUUCCAGGACCCCUCAGUGACCCAGCUCACAAAUGCCAGCCAAAGUGGCUUGGAUGAGUUCAACCCCUUCUCUGAGAGCUCCCAGCUGACAAAUGCAGCUCGGACGACACCAGCCACGCAGCCCUCUGGCCACUCACAGCCUGCUGUUCUGCAGACCUCCGUGGAGCCCACUCCCCAGGCCGUGGCUGCAGCAGCACAAGCUGGGCUCCUCCAGCAGCAGGCAGAGUUAGAGAGGAAAGCAGCAGAGUUGGAGAAGAAGGAAAGGGAAUUGCAGAGCAGUGCAGCCAGCAUUAACCCGAGGCAGAACAACUGGCCACCUCUUCCCAAGAAGUGUCCCAUCAAGCCCUGUUUUUAUCAGGAUUUCUCUGCAGACAUCCCAGCUGACUACCAGAGGACAUGCAAGAUGCUUUAUUACCUGUGGAUGUUGCAUUCCAUCACUCUGCUCCUAAACCUGCUUGCUUGCCUGGCUUGGUUCACAGCCAGCAAGGAGAGAGGAGUGGACUUCGGUCUCUCGAUCCUGUGGUUUAUUUUAUUUACCCCUUGUGCCUUUCUCUGUUGGUACAGACCCAUUUACAAGGCUUUCAGGUCUGACAGCUCCUUCAGCUUCUUCGUCUUCUUUUUCAUCUUCUUCUGCCAGAUAGCAAUCUAUGUCAUCCAGGCUGUUGGCAUUCCUGGCUGGGGAGACAGCGGCUGGAUCGCAGCCUUGUCGAUGGUGGGAGACAACCUGGCCGUGGCCAUCAUCAUGAUGGUGGUGGCAGGGUUCUUCACGCUCUGCGCGGUCCUCUCGCUCUUCCUCCUCAAGCAGGUGCAUUCCCUGUAUCGGCGCACGGGAGCCAGUUUCCAAAGGGCCCAGGAAGAGUUUUCCCAAGGCAUCCUCACCAACAGGAGCUUCCAGACGGCCGCCACCGGGGCCGCCUCGGCAGCCGCACAGAACGCGUUCCGGGGCAACUAGCCCUGCCUGGGGCGGGGGCUGCCUCCUGCCCUCCUCCCUUCCUCUUCCAUCCUCGGCCCCACCUUCUUCCUUCUCUUUCGUUUUGUUUUCUAAGAUGCACUUUUUUUUUUUGAGGGUGGGAGGGGAGGUUCCCGUGUUUAGCUCUGUGAUGCCCACUCCAAAGGAGAGGAGGGCUGGGAUUUUAGCUUUGGCCAGCCCCACACGGUUCUGAUGAUGACCCUUUAGUUUUGCCCCCUGUCUUGUUGUAGGGUGUGGGGAGAAGCAAAUAUAUUUCUCUAUCCAGGA